AUGUUUGUGCCUAUCGGCAACAAUCGAACGAACGGCACCGACGCGACGGUUUUGGCGGACGAUUUGACGUGGGAUUACAGUGGCGUUCCUCUCACCUACCCGACGCAAUACGUAAUAUACUCCCAGUUCAAUAUCCAGCCAGACUGCUCCAUGACGGUAACACCGUUGACCAUCACGCAAACGGAGGUCACGAAGGUUAUCUUCCCUGUCGCCACAGGCGGUCUGGAUAUCGGCACUGAUGUCAUUGGGUUUUUGGAGGGUUUGCCGGAGUUUGCGGCGCAGUUCAACGACACAAACUUGAGCACAUGCGAGCAGGAGAUACAGGGUGGUCAAACAGUCGAGUUUCCGGUCCCUAGCGACGAUGCGACGGCCAUCGAGACAGGACCCGCAAGCGCUUCUGUGAUCCCAGAAGCAACGUCGGUCCCAGCUGAACCGAGUUCACUACCGCUCAUAAAGCCUCGACUACCCAUCCCGUUCGGACCAAGGACUGCAGCUCUUGAAUUUCCCGGAGCAGGCAACUACACGCUCUAUGGGCGUCAGGCAACCGGAACCGGCGGAACAGGGGGGACACCAUUGCCCACUCUAAGUUCUACCUUCUCUAGGUCCCUCGUAUUGUCCUCCAUAAUCACCAGCGAUCCUGCGGUUCCUCCUCUUCCGCCUCCGAUAUCUGACGAACCUCGCACCACUACCGCCGCGUUUACGACUCCCGGUGGAAAUAGCGGCGCGCGCGCUGGCACACGCACUACCGUCGCCGUCCUGACCGAAGCUACCGCGCCGCCUUCGACAAGUACCUUCACCAGAGGCGCCGGUGGCCAGCCUCCCACUCCAGUUCCGCCCAUGCAGGUGAACACUCCGCCGGGCAGUUCUGUCAGACCGGUCAAUCCCAGCCAGCCCCCUAAUCCGAGCCAAAAUCCGAACCCAAAUCCGAACCCUGGUCCAUCAAAUCAGCCGGACAACCGUCCAACCAACCCUGGAGGAAUUAUAGGCUCAAUACUGAACCCUUCAAAUCCACCGGAUAAUCGCCCGACCAACCCCGGGGGAAUCAUAGGCUCUUUGCUGAAUCCUUCCCCUACUAACGGGGGCAACUCUCCUGGACCGACUGCAGGAGGAAACCCUUCAAACAAUCCUAGUAACAACCCUGGCAACAAUCCCGGCAACAAUCCGAACAACAACCCGCAGCCCGGGCAGUCCAUUACCAUCGGCCCCGGCCCACCCGUAGUCAUCACGCCCGCGCCGACAUCUCAGGGCGGAAGCAGACCGGGCGGCAUAAUCCUCGGACCCGGAUCGACACUACUACCCGGCCAAUCGACCAACAUCAACGGCGUGCCCGUCGUCCUGGGUCCUUCUGGCUCCAACCUCGUCAUCGGCGGAAGCAGCACUAUCGUCAUCCAACCCGGCGCUCCCGCAAACCCCACUCCCGCCCAAACCGUCAACAUUGGCACCGGCGCUCCAAUCGUGGUAACCCCUGCGCCUUCCUCCAACGGCGCUCCCGGCGGCAUAAUCCUCGGCCCCGGCACAACCCUCCAACCAGGCCAAACAACCACAAUAAACGGCGUCCCCGUCGUCGCCGGCCCCUCAGGCUCCGCGCUCAUAAUCGGCGGCACCCGCACCGUCGCCAUCGUCCCCGGCCCGGGCGCAACCAGCCCACCAGUCCUAACCGUAGCCGGCGCAACCAUCACCGCGAACCCCAGCGGCGCCUUCGUCAUCGCGCCCGGCACGACCCUCACGCCUGGCGGCCCCGCCCUCACGGUCUCAGGCACCACGCUCAGCCUCGGGCCCUCCGGCAGCGUGCUCGUCGUCAACGGCGUCUCACAGACCCUCGCCCCGGGUGCAGCCAUAACGCCCGCCCCCGUGCUGCUGACGAUCGGGACACAGACCCUGACAGCCACGACCAUAGGCUCGGCGACGGGCUUCGUCAUCGCGCCCGGCACGACGCUUACCCCUGGCGGGGUGGUCACGGUCUCGGGAACCACGUUUUCGCUCCCCGCUGCCUCAGGCGCGGGCGGGCCGACUGUGGUUGUUGUAAACGGCCGCACGUCGACACUCGGCGCCGCCACGGGCCCUAUCACGGCCGCCCCCGUGCUGACGAUCGACGGCACGACGUACGCCCCCACCAUCGCGGGCGGCUCGACUUUCUACGUCCUCGACGGGUCUACGCUACGGCCCGGUGGGGUAAUCACGGUGGACGGCACGAGGAUUAGUCUGGGGCCCGAGGGGACGGUGCUGGUGAUUGGCGGGGUGACGAGCACAGCGACUCGGCCCGCGAGGAACAGCGCGAGUCCGACGGCGACGACGUUGGCGAGGAGUGAGGACGUGGGCGAUUUUGUGGCGAGUGGGAUUGGGAUCUCAAGCGCGGAUGUGGCGGUGUUAGCUAGGCGGGGGAUGGCGGAGGGGCUAGUGGAGGGGGUUGUGAUGGGGGUUGUGGGGAUGGUGAUGUGGAUGUUGUGA